GAGGAAAGUUAGAGAACACUGGUGGGAGGGAGCAAGAGUGGCAGGGAGGGAUUGGAGUAAGAGAGCGCAAGGGUUCAUUAAAGGCAAAAUAUAGUGAAGAUGAUCCUCAGAGCUGCUCUUUUCCACUUGUUCCUCUUCUGUGCAAGCCAGAUUUUAGCCAUUAAUAUCACAUCUGAUCCAGGAAAUGACAGUGAGGGUGUUAUACACGUAGGCCUUGAAGGGCCUGUGUCUCUGGUCUGUGCACUUGAUACUCAGCCUGAAGAAGAGCUGGUCUGGCUCAGGAAUGAUGCCGUGGUUCGUCUGGAGGAUGGAAACAAGAAGGGUCGCAGCGCUGUGUGUGUUACACCCAUCCAUGAAGAUAAUGGUGCCAUGUUCACUUGUUACCAAAAAGGAAAUUCCACAGUUAGGGCCUCUGUCACGCUGAAUGUCACAUUUGCCCCAAAUAUAUCUGGAUCAGAGGAGGUUACAGUUGAAGAGGAGGGUGUCCUUGUCUUGGAGUGUGACAUCAGGGCCAAUCCACUUCUCUCCUCUGUGACGUGGACACUAAAUGGAAGCCUGGUGGAUCUGCGGGCAGGUGGCUUCUCUGUGAUCAAUAACGGCUUGACGAGCCAGCUGAAAGCCAGCAAAGUGGAGAAAAGCUUGCAUGAAGGCAUGUAUCAGUGCACAGUGGUCAGUCCCAUGUAUGGAGUACGCAACAAGCUUUUCCAGGUCACAACAACAGGCAAAACCUUGAAGUUCCCACUGGGGCCCAUUAUAGCUGGGGUGGUGGUGGUGGCCCUUACUGCACUUUUUGCUGUUGUUUCCAGGUGGAAGAAAAUCACAAAGUGCUGCAAGUAAGUUGUGCCCAAAAACACCAUUCUUCUCAACGUCACCAAAUGAGACAAGCCAUGAAGAUAACGCCACUCUUCAGUGCAAGACUGAUUAUUCAUUUAUGUGACC